GUAAAAGCAGUUUGGAUGUUUUGGAUAGGCGUGUUUAUCCUCAGACGUGUUAUUUUGUGGUCAGCCUUUGUUUAAAGCCACUGACAUCAUGGAAAAGUAACUUUAUGUAACGGUACUCUAUUGUCCUGAUGCCAUCUCCACAUUUAGGCUCUGAAUCAAGAAGGCUUUGAACCUGCUACAAUGUCACAUGCACAGGUUGAGAUCCCAGGUCGCGCUUUCCCAGGCCUCUCUUUGGAUAUGAGCGACGACUGUUUGUCCCGGGUCCCAUCCGUGCUGAGGGCGCACGGUUUGGGCGCACGGAGAAACUCUUACGGGCUGCACAAAAUCACCAUGGACGUUGAUUCGCCUCUGUACAGCGGCGCGCUCUCCAAAGCCUUGUCCUGGUCCGCGGAGAAUAUCCUAUCACUGCCUGAGUCCAGAGCAGAGGAUGAGAAGACUGACGAGUCCCCACCGUCGCCGUCGCCCGUCUCCAGCCCGGGCACCAGCUCCAACACGGCCCCCAGCAGCCAGGAGCCGGACCCCAGCUCCCUCACGGGGGACUGGGAUCCAGUGCCGAGACCCGCCGCUCAGGACGCCAGCUCGGAGUCUGAAAACGAACUGCAGAAUAAACCGCACAAAACCUUGUCUCGCAUCACGUUUGACAGCCAGUGGGAGCUGGAGGAGAAAGAGGACGUGGAGACCAAAGCGGUGGCCACCUCGCCUGAUGGAAGAUACCUCAAAUUCAACAUAGAAAUCGGAAGGGGGUCUUUCAAGACGGUCUAUAAAGGACUGGACACAGAGACAACAGUGGAGGUUGCAUGGUGUGAGCUGCAGACCCGUAAGCUGACCAAGGCGGAGCGGCAGCGUUUCAGUGAGGAGGUGGAGAUGCUGAAGGGGCUGCAGCACCCCAACAUCGUCCGCUUCCACGACUCCUGGAAGUCGACGGUGAAAGGCCACAAGUGCAUCAUCCUGGUGACUGAACUCAUGACGUCAGGCACGCUCAAAACCUACUUGAAGAGGUUCAAGGAGAUGAAGCUGAAGCUGCUGCAGCGCUGGAGCCGUCAGAUCCUCAAAGGGCUUCACUUCCUGCACACGCGCACUCCUCCCAUCAUCCACCGCGACCUCAAGUGUGACAACAUCUUCAUCACCGGCCCCAUCGGCUCCGUCAAGAUCGGAGACCUGGGGCUGGCCACGCUCAAAAGUGCCUCUUUUGCUAAAAGUGUCAUUGGAACACCAGAGUUCAUGGCCCCAGAGAUGUACGAGGAGAAGUACGACGAGGCGGUGGACGUCUACGCCUUCGGGAUGUGCAUCCUGGAGAUGGCCACCUCUGAGUACCCGUACUCCGAGUGCCAAAACGCCGCCCAGAUCUACCGCAAAGUCACCAGCGGAAUGAAACCUGACAGUUUCUACAAAGUCAAAGUCCCCGAGCUGAAAGAGAUCAUCGAGGGCUGCAUCCGAAUGAACAAUGAUGAAAGGUACACCAUCCAAGACCUGCUGGAUCACCCGUUCUUCCAGGAGAACACGGGCGUGCACGUGGAGCUGGCGGAGGAGGACGACAUGGUGAAGUCGGGGCUGAAGCUGUGGCUGCGCAUGGACGACACCAAGAAGCUGCACGGGAAGUACAAGGACAACAACGCCAUCGAGUUCCUCUUCGAGCUGUACAAAGACGUGCCGGAGGAGGUGGCUCAGGAGAUGGUUGUUCUCGGUUUUGUGUGCGAUGUGGACUUCAAGCUGGUGGCCAAGGCCAUACGGGACCGGGUGGCCACCAUCAAGCGGCAGAGGGACAAGCUGAGGCGGCAGGCUGAGGAGAGGAAGAAGAAGCUGGCGCAGGAAGCCAUCGCAGAGGAAGAAGCGGAGACUCCUCCUCCUCCGGCCAGAGUGUCCCCCGUCCCGGCCCUGACGCCUCUGGCCCCCAUCCUGUCCCCCGUCACCAGCUCCGUGGACUCUGGAGUCAGCUCCAACUACCCCACAGAGCCAGAGGAGCCCGAGGCCGACCAGCACUUCCACAUCCGCCACAACAGCCUGUCGUCUGCUAACUCUGACUGUGAGACGGACGGCUAUCUGAGCUCCUCUGGGCUUCAGGAUCCGCUGGAGGCCGGCAGCUUCAACGGGACUCCUCCCACCUCGCACGCCGACACCGCGGCCGUGAACGGCCUCCCCAUCCCGGCCCUGCGCUUCCCCUCGAGUAUCGCCGUAUCCAACAACAUCGAGCAUGCCAACUCUGGGCCGACCAGUGGCUUCAACUCUCCGGUGGACAGCUACGCCUCCGAUGUGACUUCAGGCUUGAGUGACGGCUACGAGGGCCUGUCGGAGAAGAGCGAGAAAACGGCGGCGAGGCGAACCGCCGGGAAGCUGUUCAGGAGGAGGGCGCGCUCCAGGCUGCGCAUCACAGGGCUCUCUGAUAAAGUCGACCGGGUGGUGGAGUGUCAGCUGCAGACGCACAAUGACAAAAUGGUGACAUUCAAGUUUGACCUGGAUGGAGAUAACCCCGAAGACAUCGCUGCUGUCAUGGUGCACAAUGAGUUCAUCCUGCCGUCAGAGAAGGAGGGCUUCAUCCACCGCAUGGGCGACAUCAUCAAACGGGCCGAGGCUCUGAUGACCAAAGAGCAGCUGCUCCACGCCGGCGGGCACCGACUCCCCCAGCCCGCCUUCCACAACGGGGUCAACUCGCUGUCCUCCUCACAGCCCAAUCUGCACAGUCACACCCUGCCACGAACACUCUCCUCCUCUUCUCUGCCUGACUUCAGUGUGGCUAACCCGAGUGUAGGGGUGUGUGACUCUCCCCCGUGCCCGAAUGGAGACAUCUUCAGUGCAGACAUUACUUCACCUGGGCGACCUCUAAUACGCUCACAGUCUUUCCACAACGCCCCAGGGUCCCCCCUCCACUACCAGCACCACCCUGCGUCCCUCCUGCCGCACCACCAGCACUACCACUUGCCUUUCAUGGGCCACAGUCACUUCCCGUUCCCGUACCCCGGCGCUCCGGGCUCCCCGAAGCCGGGCCUCCACCCUCCUCUCACACGUGUAGCCAGUAACCCCACCUUCCCCUCGGCUCCCUCCCCGGCUCCUGGUUCACCAGGUCCUCACAACGAGACCCCGAGCCCCGUCAACAGCGAGGGCGUCACCAUGUCCCCACCUGGCCCUCAGCAGCACCCCAACAUGUGGCCCCCGCACACGCAGCCCCUCUUCUCCUUAGCCAAUGUGAUCUCCAUGGCGAUGAGCAUGGCCCAGUCCUUCAUCCCUCCGGCCCAGGGGAUGCCCUCCUACCCCGGCUUCCACCCCCAGCUGCCUGCUCACAUGGCCCAGCAGUCAGGGUACCCCUCUAUGUACCCACAACAGUACCAGAGCUCGCCUGCAGAGGUCCCGUACCCCUCAGCAGGCGUCCCGGUCCACAACAACCAGUACCCCCACAGCCCCGAGGGCACGCCUCUGAUGGAGGGAGCUGGUUUUCCUCAGCCCGGCUGGUCGCAUCACGUCUCUCCACCGCCGAUGCCUUCCACUCCUCCACUGGUUCCUCAGGAGCCGCAGCAGCAGCCGCUCGGACUCUCCGGUCCCCCCACCUGUCCCCCCAGCCUGGGCCAGGAGGACAGUCUCCACACUUACUCAGCACAGGUUCCAGUCCUCCAGGCUGAACCCAAGUCAGAAGUCUCCAGUUCAAACUCUGUGUCCAGUCUGUCUCCGUCUCCCCCAGAGAGCCCACAAAGCACUUUCUCAUCCUUCAGCUCUCCUCUGCGCUCCACAGUACCUGAGAUGAAAACCAGCAGCCCCAAACCAAAAACCUCUUCCCCUGAAUCAGAAGUCCAGUCUGCUCCGGUCACUGUCGGCCGGUUCCAGGUGACGCCCAGCCUGCACAUCCCUGCACCCUGCGCUGCACCUGUAGGUGCUGCACCUGCCGCCCCACAGCCAGCAGACAGCAGCAGCACCCCAUCAGAGAGCAGCACAGAGGAGCAGGGAGAGUCUGAGACCAGCCUGGGCACCUCCCUCACCAUGUCCCCUCCUCACCAGCACCCCCACAGAGGGUCCACCCCGGGGGUCCAGGAGGCCGACGGGCAGGUGGGAUGGGCCGGGAGCCAGGAGCAGCAGCAGGAGGAGGAGGAGGACGAAGAGGAGGAUGAGGAGGAAGGAGAGGAAGAGGUUGUCGGGGAGAGGCAGAGGACGACGAGGAGGCGGAGUCGGAGGAGAGCGUACAGCCUGAGCCUGCUGGGGACGUCAGCGGACAGCGGGCUGUCGGUGACGGCCGCCGAGGCGGAGGGCAGGCUGUGGGACGGAGCGUCAGGGAGCCCGCAGUACAGCAACGCCCUGCACCACCUGUGGACCAUGACCUACAACCGCAACGCUCCCUACAUCAGCAGCGACGAGUCGGACAGCGACGACGAGGACAUGCUGGAGGAGCUGCAGGAGCUCAGAGAGAAACACCUGUCGGAGGUGCAGGCUCUGCAGGCCGCCCAGAAGAAAGAGAUCGAGGAGCUGUAUGAGAAGAUGGGGAAGGUUCCUCCUCCGGGCAUCGUCUCUCCUGCUGCCAUGCUGUCCAGCCGACAGCGCCGCCUGUCCAAGGGCAGCGGCUUCCCCUCGUCCCGCAGGAACAGCCUGCAGCGCCUCGACAUCCUGCCGCUCCAAGGUAUCAUUAGGAGAAACUCCCUGGGAGGCAGCAGCAGCGGCUCCCAGGACAAACCCAGCAAAGGCGUCACCUUCGCUACUGACAUUAACAGAAUGUAAGUCACUCUCAGCCAAGCACGCUGUGUAUCUGGACUACCUCAUCUGAAGUGUGACUGCAGUGGCCCAACCGUCCUGUAGGUGGAUCGCUUUAACACUUUUCACUGGUACACUGAUCAGCAAACUGCUCCCCUCUGCCAGUGGUCAUUUACCUCAAUAUAAAUAUACACAAACUGUCAUGAAUGAAGCAGGAGUUACACAGGAACUGUAACAUCCAGUUUUCAGCCCUCCGUCAGAUCUGAAGAACAGAACAUCUUCCAAUUUGUGUUCAUUCAUUUCUUUCUUGUAAAUAAACCCCAAACGGUUCAGAAUGAAACUUGAGUUUUUUUAGCCACAGUAGUACUCUGCAGAACAGGUUGUUUUUGAAUGUUUUCUCUUUGCUUUUAAGCAUCAACGCAGUCAAGCGACGGUGCAAAGUGCUGCAGAGUUGCUGCACUUUCCCACGACUUUGACCCAGAAUGAAAUAGUUCCUGUUUUCCUGCUUGUCUGAUUCACUGCCGUUAAUCAAUCUGAGUAACACAGUAAUGUGAACUUUUUACAGACAGUUGCUCUACACACACGGCAACAUUAGCGAUUAAUCUCGCAGUUUAUUUGCUGUCAAAGAUGUCUCGGCACCUGCUGACUGCACAGUGAACACUCUGAUUAUUGCCUUGCAGGGCUGACCAGAGCAGUCUGGAUGCAUUGCACAGUUUGAUUUAUUCAAGUAUGUAUUAUAAAAACAAUUUUUUCCGUAGUACAUAUUUGUUCUUUAUUUGGUGAUAGGAUGUUUUCUAGUCUCAACCUGGAGAAGUUUUACUUGCAGUCCUGACAUUUUUAGAUCUAGUGAGGAUGAUUUUUCACGUUGUACAGCAGUACAA